CAUAAAUUAAAAGUGUCGCAUGAGGGUGGAGUUAUAUUUCGACUCGGAGGCCUACAGACACUCAGUCAUGGCUGGAAAAAGAGCUCUAGUGAUUCUGGCGAAGGGUGCGGAGGAGAUGGAGACUGUUAUACCUGUGGAUGUCAUGCGCAGAGCGGGGAUAGCUGUAACUGUGGCGGGUCUGGCGGGUAAAGAGCCAGUGCAGUGCAGCCGCGAUGUCAUGAUCUGCCCAGAUGCAAGCCUAGAGGAUGCCCGCAAACAGGGUCCAUAUGAUGUUGUACUUCUACCUGGAGGUUUGCUUGGAGCUCAGAACCUUUCAGAGUCUCCUGCUGUGAAAGAGGUGUUGCAGGACCAGGAGGGCAGGAAGGGUCUGAUCGCUGCAAUCUGUGCUGGCCCAACAGCACUCUUGGCUCAUGGCAUUGCAUACGGCAGCACAGUUACCACCCAUCCAGGUGCCAAGGACAAGAUGAUGGCUGGUGAUCACUAUAAAUAUUCAGAGGCACGAGUUCAAAAGGAUGGAAAUGUGAUCACCAGCAGAGGUCCGGGAACCAGCUUUGAGUUUGCCUUGACAAUAGUUGAAGAACUCAUGGGUGCUGACGUUGCUGCUCAAGUCAAAGCUCCACUGAUCCUAAAAGACUAAUCAAACUAUGAAUAUUUGCACUGUUUAACGUUGCACUUAAAAUUGUAUUGCUAUUACAAAGGAAGUUGAACUUGAUUCAUUUGGUUUAGAAUGUUCCUAGCCUGUGGUUUUGGUAAUGGGAGGCAAUAUGGACAUUUAAUAGGAGACUGAUUCAAAUUCAGAGUAUGAAUACUGCAUUUAGUUUGCAUUUGACAUUCUGUGAUGUGCAAUUCCUAGUUCUGUAGCUUUGCACUUACAAACUGUACCAGAUUAAAACUUGAGUACACUAAA